AUGCCGGUCAACAAACGCGCACGCGAGGAGCCCGAGGAGGAGAGCAUCGAGAAGCGGCUGGUCAACCUCAUCGUCCGCAUCGGCGACCGCUCGAUAGCCGACCUCAAUUCGCACCUCCGGGGCCUCGCCGCGGCGCUCACCGCCGAGCUGCCGACGUCGCGCACGCUCAUCUAUGACACCAUCCUCGACUGCGUGCGCGGCCUGCAGCCCAAGGCGCCCAUCUACGGCGCGCUGUGCGGCCUGCUCGCUGCCAACCCGCAGGGCGAGCCGGACGGAGUGGUCGCGGCCGACAUUGUCGCGCAGCUCGGUCGCGAGCUGCAGGAGGCGCUCGACGUGCACGCGACCUUCUCGAUCCGUGCCUUCUGCCGCUUCGCCAUCGAGCUCGCCAAUGCGCGCGUCGCCUCGGUGGACUCUGCGCUCGCGCUGCUCGAGACGCUGCUCGCGGUGACCGCCGAGCCCGGCGUGCUUCCCGCCCGGGCCGAGUGGUUUGCUUGCGUCGUGUUGGACAGCCUCGCCCUUGGCGGGGAAGUCUUCACGCGCGACGCGCCGGAGCGGUCCGCUGCACUGCUCGGCGCCGUGCGCGCCUACGCCGCCACGCGGGGGGCCGACGCGCUCUCCGCUCCGGCCCUGCUGCUGCCCUACGGCGGCGCCACGCGGCCGGGGGAGGUGACUCACACGGCGCCUUGA